UAGUUGCUGUGGCGACAAGUCCCGCCCCAACCCGGAAGUGGGUGAGGCGACUCCAAGAUGGCGUCUCCUCCUCAGGGGGGCCCGAUGGCGAUCGCGAUGCGGCUCCGGAACCAGCUCCAGGCCGUGUACAAGAUGGACCCGCUCCGCAACGAGGAGGAAGUGAAAGUGAAGAUGAAGGAGCUGAACGAGCACAUUGUCUGCUUCCUCUGCGCGGGCUACUUCAUCGAUGCCACCACCAUCACGGAAUGCCUGCACACCUUUUGCAAGAGCUGCAUCGUGAAGUACCUCCAGACCAGCAAGUACUGCCCGAUGUGCAGCACCAAGAUCCACGAGACGCAGCCCCUGCUCAACCUCAAGCUCGACCGGGUCAUGCAGGACAUCGUCUACAAGCUGGUGCCUGGCCUGCAGGAGAGCGAGGAGAAGAGGAUCCGGGAGUUCUACCAGUCCCGCGGCCUGGAGCGCAUCAGCCAGCCCAGCAACCAAGAUCCUGCCUCUGACCGUGUGGGGCUGCCCUACACCACCUUCGACCACUCGCGGGCGCACUACUACCGCUUUGAUGAGCACGUCUCGCUGUAUCUGGAGAAGCAGAGCUCCGGGAAAGAGAAGAACAAGCACAUCUUGCAGCACAAAUACAUUCGCUGCUCCGUCCGGGCCCAGAUCCGCCACCUUCGCCGGGUCCUGUGCUGCCGGUUGGAGCUUGCCCUGCAACACGUCCACAUCCUGUUCAACGGCGAGGUGCUCCCUGAUCACAUGACCCUGAAGCAGCUCUGGCUCUCCCGCUGGUUUGGCAAGCCGGCCCCUCUGCUGCUGCACUACAGCGUGAAGGAGAAGCGGAGGUAGGGGCCAGAGCCGAGAGGAGACCCUCCACUGGACAAGAGCCCCCCCCCAACGCCGCCGCCCCCCCCCCUCAGAUUCUUAAUUUAAGCCUCCCUUUGCUUCAAUAGGAAUUUAUUUUUGGAAUAAAAAUGGAAACUGGC